GAUCGCCGUGGCUCGACUAGCAGCGGCAGCCAGUUUACCGCCUCCCGGCAUAAUAAUAAAAUUUCCACUUUCCACCCAGCACUGGUCGGCGAAUCCUUUCCUGACGAAGCCUCCCUUGGUGUUCGACGGUGCUUUUCCUCACAAGUAGCAUAAUGGGGAGGCCGAAAGGUGAAGGAGGUAGAAGUAAGGCACGACCUUCAAGCAGCAGUCUUGCGGCGUCGCUCUUGCCGUCGGGUUCCGGUGCUGCCAUGGGAUUCGGUGGUUAUGUUGGUAGUUCACGGCUGGAUUCUUCUCUAUCAAGCGAUGACUCAGUGCCAGUUGCAGAUGUAGAUAGUGAAAUGGCAGUGCACUUGAAGAGACUAGCCAGGAAGGACCCUACCACGAAGCUUAAAGCACUGGCAUCUUUAUCCGAUCUGCUUAAGCAAAAGUCUGCAAAGGACAUUGUCCUAAUUGUUCCCCAAUGGGUGUUUGAGUAUAAGAGGCUGCUGCUGGACUACAACAGGGAGGUUCGGCGAGCCACUCAUGAAGCCAUGACCAACAUUGUUACUAUUAUUGGGAGAGACUUAGCUCUGCAUCUGAAGACCUUAAUAGGACCUUGGUGGUUUUCUCAAUUUGAUCCUGUUCCUGAAGUUUCUCAGGCAGCCAAAAGGUCUUUUCAGGCAGCCUUUCCAGCACAGGAAAAGAGAUUAGAUGCUUUGUUUCUAUGUACAAAAGAGAUCCUCAUGUAUCUGGAAGAAAAUUUAAAGCUCACACCACAAAAUUUGUCUGACAAAGCUGCAGCGUUGGAUGAAUUGGAAGAGAUGUACCAGCAGGUGAUAUCAUCAUCAUUGUUAGCAUUGGCUGCACUUUUUGAUGUUUUAAUUUGCCUGCAGCAAGAACAAUCUGGUUUUGAGAACAUAUCUGCAGAACCCAAACAUGCUUCAAAGGCAAGGGGAGCUGCAGUUUCUUUUGCUGAAAAGUUGCUGACAGAUCAAAAAUAUUUUUUGGGCCUUUUGAAGUCCACUAGCCCUGCUAUCCGGUCAGCUACUUAUAUUGUAUUGAAAAGCAUGAUAAGCAAUAUACCCCAGGCUUUUAGUAAUGAAAAUCUGAAAACUCUUGCUGGAGCAAUUCUUGGUGCUUUCAAUGAGAAGGAGCCAACCAGUCAUCCUUCAAUGUGGGAUGCCAUAUUACUUUUCUCUAAAAGAUUUCCAGAUGGCUGGACGUGUCUGAACAUUCAGAAAAAUGUACUUAAUCCUUUUUGGCAUUUUCUUAGGAAUGGAUGCUUUGGUUCUCAGCAGAUCUCAUAUCCAGCUUUGGUUUUAUUCUUAGACACAUUGCCUCUUAAAUCCAUAGGAGGGGACAAAUUUUUUUAUGAUUUUUUCAAGAACCUGUGGGCAGGAAGGAGAAUUUCCUGGUCUGCAGAUAGACUUGCAUUUUUCCAGGCGUUCAAAGAAUGUUUUAUGUGGUCAUUGAAAAAUGCUUCAAGAUAUUGUGAUGGAGCAGAUUCUGUGAGCCAGUUCCAAGUCACUCUUGUUGAGAAUGUCCUAAUGAGGCUUUUAUGGCAGGAUUUUUUUACAUCUUACAAUUCCAAAGGUCAUGAGAGAGUCUCAGGAAAAGUGGGAGAUUCUAUAGAGGACAAUAUUCCCCUUAACAAGAAAACAGUAAAUAUGCAGACUGCAAAGUAUCCUAUGUCUUAUUUACAAGAGUUGGGGAAAUGCAUUGUUGAAGUUCUUAUGGAAAUUCGUACACUGGAUCACAAACUUCUAUAUUCCAUUCUUCUGGAAUUUGAGGAGAAUUGCAUCAAAAUACUCCAGCAAGAAGCUAGUAAAGAGUGUAUUGGAGUAGUCAUUUUGUUCAUGUCAUUGCUGGAGCAACAUGCAGUGCUGAAAGGUGAAACAUGGCCCUUAGUCUCUCUUGUGGGACCAAUGUUGGCAAAGUCUUUCUCAUUCAUACAAUCUUCAGACUCACCAGAUACAGUGAUACUUCUAUCUGUUGCUAUUUCAAUAUUUGGGCCGCAGAAGAUGGUGCAAGAAAUUUUCAUUCAAAACAGAGAGCAUUCUUUAAGUCAGCUUCUACAUGAUGGUGAUAAAAAAUUGGAGGCUGGGGACUUCAUGGAAAUCUUCAAGUAUAUUUUUGUUCCUUGGUGUCUGCAGAGAAAUGAUUGCUCAACCAGUGCUCGUCUUGAUUUGUUGUUGACAUUACUGGAUGAUGAGUAUUUCUCAGAACAAUGGUCUUUUAUUGUUAAUUAUGCAUCUAGCCAAAAUUGUUCUGGAUGCUCACCAGGGUUACUAGAUGCUGAUUGUGCAGAUUUUGCAAUGCUCCUACAAAAAGCAAGAGUUGAGAUUACUAAGAGGAAGGUCAAAGAAGAUUGCAGUAAUAGACAAGGCACCGAUACUGAUCUUUGGCAUCAUGAGCGCCUGGAAUCGGCUGCUAUUGCUCUUUCCCAUUCCCUUCCUCCUUUUAACAAUGCUUACGUGCGGUUUUUGUGCUCUGUUCUUGGUUGUUCAACAGAUGGAAGCUCUACUUAUUUUGUGUCCAGAAAUGCAUUGAAACUCAUCUAUGAGGAAAUUUUCAGGAAGUUGCUCAUUUUUAUCCAGGGUUCUUCUUUCUCUUGGGUUCAGUAUGUAGCUUCUGUGUUUAGAAGUGAUGCAAAGAUCAGAGCAGAGUUUGACAGUUCUGCCAACAUCUUUGAGGUAGCUCAGUUUGCUCUUGAGGUACUUGAUGGUAGCUUCCUUUGCUUGAGGGCACUUGACAGUGAAAGUGACCUAGUAUCAAGAAUUUUAUCUGCAAUUUUUGUCAUUGAUUGGGAGUGUAAUUUAGGUAAAGCUCUGGAUGGUUCUCUUGAUGAUGAAACAAGGAGAAAAAUCAAUGAUAGGUUCACAUUUGGUGAAUCCGUGCAUGCUUUCCGUCACAGAAUAAAUGGUCAAUUUUGGAAAAAUCUUUCCUUAGAUAUUCGUAGUAGAUUGGAGACUAUAUUAAUGCAGUCAGUAAGAUCUGCAAUAUUCAUUGAAGACAAACUUGUAAGUGACAAAAUUACAUCAUUAAGCUGUACAUGGGUGCUUGAAGGUCUUGAGUGUCUUUGCAUUGAUAGAAAUGAGGAACAAAAGCUGCUAUAUCAGCUUCUGAGCAGGGAUGAGACGUGGCCUAUGUUCAUUGUUCAAAAUUUUGUCUUGACAAAGGUUUCAGGACACCAAAGGUUUGUCGCCUUAAUUGACAAGUUAAUCACAAAGAUUGGGGUUGAUAGAGUUUUUGCUGCAUGUGCCAUGUGCAAUCCAUCAGUAACUGAAAGAAGCGAAGAGGUCACAUCUUGUGCUUGGCUUGUGGCUGAAAUUUUGUGCACAUGGAGAUGGCCAGGAAGCAGUGCUGUGUCUUCUUUCUUUCCCACACUCAGUGCAUAUGUCAAGAGAGUUAAUUCUUCUCAGGAGAGCCUGUUAGAUGAGAUAUUAAGCAUCUUGCUUGAUGGUGCUCUUGUUUAUGGAGGCAAUGGCACUGAGAGUUUUAUCAGUGUGUGGCCAGUUCCAAAUGAUGAAAUUGAAGGUAUUAAGGAACCAUUUUUAAGAGCCCUUUUUUCGUUCCUGUCCACUUUGUUCAAAGAGAACAUAUGGGGCACAGGGAAGGCUAUGAAUUUUCUUGAACUACUUUUGAAUAAGCUUUAUAUUGGUGAAGAAGUGAACACAAAUUGUCUCAAGAUUCUUCCUCUGCUCAUAAGAAUACUACUAGAAUCAUUGUGUGGGCAUGUGGAGCCUGGUAGAGAUGCUCAUAACUUUUCUUUGGAAGAAAAUUUUCUUCAGGAUACUACAAAAGACUGGCUUGAGAGGACUCUAAGGCUCCCAUCUUUAGUCACAUGGCAAGCUGGAAAAGGUAUGGAAGAUUGGCUUCAGCUAAUUAUUGCCUGUUAUCCUUUCAGUGCAAUAGAAGGUCUGCAAGCAUUAAAACCAGGGAGAAGCAUUGGCUCUGAUGAAAGGAAACUUUUAUAUGAAUUGUUCCAGAAGCAAAGGCGUGUUCCUGGUGGAUCAGCAAUUAUCAAUCAGCUUCCAGUGGUGCAGAUGUUGCUAUCAAAACUAAUGCUUGUUUCAGUAGGUUAUUGCUGGAAAGAAUUUAGUUACGAAGAUUGGGACUUUUUGUUGUCUAACCUGAGAUCUUGGAUUCAAGCAGUAGCUGUUAUGAUGGAGGAUAUAGCUGAAAAUGUAAAUGAUGCUCUUGUUGAUAGUGCAUCUGGAAAGUUGGAUGUAUUGAAUGAUAAAAUUGCACAAAUUAUUCUGAUUACAGACCCGAUGCCCAUCAAAAUUGCUGAAAAUGCUCUUCUAUCAUUUUUGCUUUGCCACCAGCAUUUUAAACUUAAACAAGAUGAAGGGAAAGAUAAUUUUGAUACGUUGAAAUUUGAAAAUUUGGAUUCUGUCAUGGAUCGAGUUUCAGAGGGUAUUCUUCGUAUAUUAUUUUGUACUGGCAUUUCUGAGUCUGUUGCAAAUGCAUGUUCCAAAGAAGCUGCUUUAAUGGUAGCAUCAUCUCGGGUUGAAUAUAAGUUUUUCUGGGAAUUGGUAGCUUGUGUUGUCGUCAAUUCUUCAUCACAGGCUAGAGAUAGAGCGGUGAAAUCAGUUGAUUUUUGGGGAUUAAGCAAAGGAUCUGUUAGCUCUUUGUAUUCUGUGCUUUUCUCUUCCAAACCAAUUCCUUUGUUGCAGUUUGCUGCUUAUUUUAUUCUCUCAAAUGAACCUGUUUUAAGCAUGGCUAUUGUUGAAGAUAAUGCUUCUAACUCAGACAUCAAUGCUUCUAGCGACCAGGACUCCAGACAGCUUGAUAUUUCAUUGGAAGAAAAAGUCCACUUGAGAGAAGAAAUAUCUUGCAUGGUUCAAGUGGAAGCUUAUGAAGUUUUUGAAACUGAACUACUUGCACCACAAAGAGCAAACCUCUUCCUUUCUUGGUCUUUGUUGAUGUCACAUCUAUGGGCAUUGCCUUCAUCGUCAUCUCUAAGGGAGCGACUGGUCCAAUACGUACAAGAUUAUGCUACUCCCAUUGUAUUAGAUUGCCUUUUUCAGCAUAUUCCUCUAGAACUUUUCAUGGUACAAAGUCUGAAGCAGAAAGAUGCAGAGCUCCCUGCUGGUCUAACAGAGGCUGCAAGUGCUGCAACCCGUGCAAUCAGAACUGGUUCAUUGUUGUUUUCUGUGGAAUCUCUUUGGCCAAUUGAAUCAGUGAAAUUUUCUUCACUUGCUGGAGCAAUAUAUGGCUUGAUGCUUUGUGUUCUUCCUGCUUAUAUCCGCGGCUGGUUCAGUGAUUUACGUGAUCGUAACACAUCUUCUGUCAUUGAAUCCUUCACGAGAACUUACUGCAGCCCUCCUCUUAUUGCAAAUGAAUUAUCCCAGAUUAAGAAAAAAAAAUUCAGCGAUGAGAAUUUCUCGGUUAGUGUGAGCAAAUCAGCGAAUGAGGUGGUUGCUACGUAUACCAAGGAUGAAACAGGAAUGGAUCUAGUCAUCCGGCUUCCUUCAUCUUACCCACUUAAGCCUGUAGAUGUUGAUUGCACCAGGAGCCUAGGGAUAAGUGAGGUCAAGCAAAGGAAAUGGUUGAUGUCAAUGAUGUUAUUUGUUCGAAAUCAGAAUGGAGCUUUAGCGGAGGCUAUAGGAAUUUGGAAGCGCAACUUUGAUAAAGAAUUUGAAGGCGUUGAGGAGUGCCCUAUCUGUUACAGUGUCAUUCACACGACGAACCACUCCCUUCCACGACUUGCCUGCAAGACUUGCAAGCAUAAAUUUCAUUCUGCCUGCCUUUACAAAUGGUUUUCAACUUCUCAUAAAUCAUCUUGUCCGCUGUGUCAGUCUCCGUUCUAAGGUCAUACAAAAAUUUAUGAAUUCAAACCGAUAUUGCCAAUAUUGCUUGCAUUGUGGCGAAUCUUGAACCCGCUGGAGCUGCCUUAGCAAUUAGAACUGCUAUUCAAGCUCCACGUUAGAGCUACCGGGGAGUUUUACGCUUUGAAAGCUUCAGAGAAAGCUGGUCGGAAGUUUUGUGGCGAUGGUUUUGGUAUGCUGUUUUGACGGCUGUAUAUUUUUUGAAUACUCUGCAUUUUGUUGAGAAGGCCUAGUUCUGACCCUAGGAUGUUGACCGUACAAGAUUUGAUGUACGUCAGAGAAUCUUUUCAGCCCAUUGAUAAGCAGUUUUGUAAUUUUAGCUAGUAUCAAUCAUUAUAUAAUUUAUAAUUAUGAUUUCUCUAGAAAGCGAGUGACUUGUGAAUGAUAAUUGGAUUUGAUAUAUUCUUUUUUGGGAUAAUCACAUCCAAAGGUUACUCAAGGGUGUUUUCUGGAAACAAUGAUUAAUAACAAGUUUUAUUCAAUAAACAAAUUUAUGGUCCCAUUUGAACAA